UUCUCGGUCCUCCUCGGUGGUGUUCGCAACACAGAAGAGAGAGGCUACAGCGAGAAGGACGAAACCCGUCGGCUUCCACCUCGCGCCGCCUGCGAUCCAGUCCGCGGGGUCGGCUCCGAGGUUCGUUCCACCCCCACUCCUCUUCCUCGUCCAACCGGAGAUCCGGACCGCCGGGGUGGCCUCCGGCCCAGGGUUGGGGUUUAGCUCCUCCACCGUUCACCGGGUAAGGUUUUGGAGCGGGCGAGUUGCGAAUCGUAGAGGAUUAAUACUUGAUUGGGCAAAAGUUAGCUAGUUUCGGCGAUGGGUUUUGAUAAUGAAUGUAUUUUGAGCAUUCAAUCCCUUCCUGGUGAAUAUUUCUGCCCUGUUUGUCGGACACUCAUAUAUCCCAAUGAAGCUCUGCAAUCUCAGUGCACACAUCUCUACUGCAAACCCUGCUUGGCUUAUAUAGUGGCAACAACAAAAGCUUGUCCUUAUGAUGGCUAUUUGGUUACAGAAAUUGACUCCAAGCCUCUGAUGGAAUCAAAUAAAUCCCUUGCUGAGACAAUUGGCAAAGUCGUGGUCCAUUGCCUGUAUCAUAAGAGUGGUUGCCAGUGGCAAGGAACACUAUCUGCCUGUAUCACACAUGGCACUACUUGUGCAUAUGGGAACUCCCCCGUUGUAUGUAACCGUUGUGGGACACAGAUUGUACAUCGUCAAGUGCAAGAACAUGCUCAACUCUGCCCUGGCUUGCAACCUCAAACACAGCAAACCGAUGGUAGUCAGGCACAACCAUCAGUGUUAACGACUCAAUCAGUCGCCCAAGAUCCAUCACUUGUUGCCUCAGCAGGAUCUGCAGCAGCUGCAGAUACAACAUUGCCAUCUGCAACUACAACCACAGCUGUAACAGCUUCUUCAGCAGCAACAGGAGGGCCAGCUGGUGCAAUCACAGCAAGCACAGCAGCAGUGCCUCCUUCGGUUGCUGCAUCAUCUGCUGCUCCCCAAACUCCAACAGCUGAGCAGUGGUACCAACAGCAGCAGCUCCAAUACUCACAGUACUACCAGCAGCAGUACCCUGGAUACAACCCUUACAUGCAGCAGUAUCAACAGUAUGAUGAGUACCAGCAGGUGUACCAGCAGUACACGCAACCUCAAAUGCAAGUAGCAUCCCAGAACACGGCUCAAGGAUCUGCACAACCUGCUUCAUAUGUUCAGCCUCAAGUGCAGCCCUCUCAGGCCCAAUACGUGAUUGCAUCCCAACCCCGAAAUCAGCCCCAAUUUCAACCACCAGCAGUUCAUCCACAGCCUCCGCAGCAUCCAGUGCAACCCCAACACCAAAGUCAGCCCCACCUUCCCCAUCUUCAAGCACCUGCAGGUCAACUGCAGCCUCCACCAAUUCAGUCAGCCCCUCAAGUUCCACAGCUGCAACUGCAAAGUCGCUUACCUCUCCAGCUGCCUGGCUCCCAAGCACAACCUACAGCACAUCCACCAGCCCCUACUCAAGUUGGUAAUCAGCAACUUGCUAUUCCUUCUAUUCAGUCCACACCUCUUCAAUUGCAGCCACAUGUACAAGCUCAACAUCCACAACAACAACAUGUGCAACUACAAACUUUACCUCCACAGCAAAAUCUUCAACCUCAGAUGCAGCUAAAGUCUCAAGUCCAGCAGCAGUCUUACCCACAGCCUCAGGCCUAUGCUCAGCCAACGCCUCAUGCGCAGCCUCAAAAUACUUCAUAUCCGCAACAGCAUAUGCCACAAGGUGCUCCAUUGCAACACCCUGAACAUGUAUCUCACCAACAAGGACUUGCUCCUCAGCAUCCUGCACCGAUGCAUCCAACAAUGCCAGGUCAACAACCAGCUAUGCUACCUCCUCAAGCAGUUCAGUAUACACCGCAAUAUCAACAACAUAUUGGAUAUCAUGCUCAUCGACUACCAAUGCAUUCCAUCAUCCCUUUCCAGACACCGCAACAAGGAUUGCCUCCCCACUCAUUUGCUUCCUCACAAGCAGGUCAAUCAUACCAGCAAGGAAUGCCCUCAUCACAACAACAGGUGCAUUCCCAACCUUCACAUCCUCAUGGUCCGCCAUAUACACAACAGCAUAUUCCUGGCCAUGGCUAUGCUGGGCAUCAUGUUCAAACUUCAGCUGGUAAACCUAUGAGUCAUGUUGCACCACCACAGCAAUUUCAACAUCAAGCUGGUGGUCCAGCUAACGAUUUACUGGCAAGUGUUAUGAAUCAACAGCCACCAAUGCCUAGGACAUCUGAUAAUGUGGGAUUAACAUCUCAAUUGCAUGGUGCUGGACAACCUACUGGGCAGAGUUCUUUAACUUUGGAAAACCAUGCUCCAAAAUCAGGCAAGUCAGAAAUUGUAAAAAAUGCUGCUGAUGAUACCACAGUAAGUGAAAAUAAAAAUGGUGGUGCUGAAUCUGCUGUCAUGAGGCCUACAAUGUCACAAUCAUUGGGUAAUGAAAACAUGAACAUAGAACAGAAUGAUUUUGGUAGUGUUAGAAAAGAUGUGGUACAAACUAGCGUUGCAUUGGACAGUACAGAUGGUUCAAUUGCAAAGGAUGAAAUUGCUGUCUGGACAGGUAAUUCAAAUGGUCCAGGUGUACAGGGAGGCAAAGAGCAUAAGGCUUCAAAUGCACAAAAUGGUCUUGAGAAAGGAGGAUCAUUACAGCAGGUAUCAUGGCAAAAUGCAGGGGCACUGGGGUCCUAUGUGCCCCCAGGGAUGGUGCCACAACAUCCAUCUGGACAAGAUAGGAUGCUUCCUCAGCAUAUGAUACAUUCUGGUCCCAUGCCGUCUAAUAUGCAAAAGCAGCCAAAUCAAAUGAGGCCACCUAAGCAUAGUUUCUCUGAAAAUACUCAGCCACCGAGGCAGCAACCAUAUAGUUCAUUUCAUUCUGAAACGACACCAAGGGCAUUUGGAGAUAACCAAAUUCAGAUGCCAAUGCCACAGCCUGUGGGCAUCAGACCUGGUGAUGGUAUGAUUCGACCACCCAUUGCUGGCCCAUUACCUGGACGACAUGAUGCAAUGAUGCCCCCUUUUGUCCCUGAACAGAUGGGUCGGCCACCUCCUCUUGGAAUGUCGAAGAGCAAUGAUGUUGGUGGUGGACCUCUUGGAAUUGGAAGGGCUUUCCAUGAAGAGCGUGUCAAUGCUUCAGGGGAACAUCUCAGGUCACUUGCGGCAUAUCCUGGUAGACAUGAUCUCAACCAUAAAGAUAUUGAAGAUGGUCUGAAGCAAUUUCCAGGGUUAGCCCAUCUGGAUGGUCAGGGCCUGCAAAGAGGCCCGAGACCUUUUGAGAGAGCCUUAGGUAGACCUGACGUUUUCCCUGAUUCGUUACCUGGAAGGCCUCCAUUUCCAAACCAGCAAGGUUCAUUUCCCGUAGGCUUCCAUGAAGAUUUUUCAAUGAAGCCCAAUGCAUCUGGUGCAGAAUUUGGUGAUUAUAGGGCGGAUGGAAUGCCUAAUAUCAGAAACCCAGGUCCAUUUGUUCAAGGGAUGAGUGGUGCUCUUGGUGGUCUCCGUACAGACCAGCUUGGUUCUGGUAACCUUCCUGGGAAUGUACAGCGUGCUUUUGAUGGUCCAGAGUUCCCUCAUACUCGUUUCCACCCUGGUCACAUGCAUCCAGAUGAUCAUAAUCUUGUUGCUGACUAUUCUCGACAUGGAUUUCCAAAAGAAACAAGCCACUUCGGUUUGGGUGGUCUUUUGAGAAAUGGAGAUGUUGGUUGGUGCCGAAUAUGCAUGUUUAACUGUGGGAGUGCAGAGAAUCUGAAUCUACAUGUACAGGCAAGGGAACAUCAGCAGUAUGCAAUGGACAUUGUUCUGAAAAUGAAGCAAGAUGUUGCAAAGAGGCAAAAGCUGAAUUUUGGAGGCCCCAAGUCAUUUCACAACAAAAAGGUAGCUGGGAAGGGCCACUUCCGUUAGAACUUGUGUUAUCUAGUUCAGCACUUGAUGAGAUUUUGAAGGUUGCUACUAAUGCUUAUGGAGGUUUGCAAGACAAUUGAAAAUUGUGAUAUGCUCAUUUGUCUGGGUUAAGGCAGUUCAGCACAUCUGAAAUGGAACCUGUAAUGGUUCCAAACUUUUGUUACCAUGUUGGUCUGCAGACUUCAAAUGUUUGUAUUUUUUUUUUUUACUUCCUAUGCUUUUAUGGUUUCCAUCGUUACUAUUUUGGAUAUUUAGAUGCAGAAGUUAUUCUGAGAAUGCUUAACUUGCUGAGCCUGAACCCCUUUAAUCUUCUAUGUUUAAUAAUAUAUGAAUGGGGAAACUUUUUAUAUGCCACUGCAAAGGAAAAUUUAUAACAAUCCCAAUUUUAUCCACUAGGCACAUAGAACGGUUCUGUGGCUGAUGGGAACCUAGACGACACUGAAACUGCAGGGAGAAAAAUGUAGUGAUAUUGUAUUUUCAGAUAGACACAAAAUGGAAAAUAGUACAAUGGAAUUAUUUUGUAAGGGGCUGAUGGGAAAUUGUUCCUGGCACUUCCAGUGCCUGGCAGCUUUACCAGUUUUGAGCAAAUUAGAUCCCAAAAGGAAUGUCUAGCAAAUGCAUCCUGUAUAUGGUGGUUUGCCACAUCACUAAGCCCUCAUGAUAAACAUUUUAAGUAUCUGACGCCUUAUUAUCUUUUAUUGGAUUCUUAUUUGGGGGAUCAGCUACAUUCCUGUCUAAAAGGAAAAAAAAAAGACAGAAUCUGCUGCAUUUCUGAUUGAAAUAUGGACUAGAGCUUUUCACAUGUCCAUCUCACUGAAAUGGUAAUUUAUUUGAGCUCAUGAGGGCAUUUGUAAGUGUUAAAGAGAGAGGCCUUGUAGGGUGGGAGAAAACACAAGAAAAUGUGAAUUGAUUUGAGAUGGGACUUGUAGCCUGGAAUAUUAGCAUGAGUGCACGUAUUAAGAGGCAAAAAUUGGUUGAGUCUAAUUGGAGGAUUCAGACCCAAAGGACACUGCAUGGCAAGAGUGCACACAUAUGCUUAAAAGAAAAGAAAAAGGAGAAGAAAAAAGAAAGAUGACUACUCUGUUUUGUGAUGGAUGCUGGUGUGUGUGCAUCAUGUAUGCAGCGCUGUUGAUACCAGUACAUGACUUGUAUUGUUCACUUCUAGUUAGGUACUUUGUUAUUUCAAAUGGUGAUGUAUGAUUCUUUGGUUUUGUCAUAGGUUUGAGGUUGAGAAUAGGAGUAUAGGACAGCAUUAGAAACCGAUGGACACUAAAUGUUGUGGAUGAAAUAUUUUAAUUUAUAAUUCAUUAAAUUGGAUAUAUCGCUUCUUCAGUUUUGUUUAAUGCUAUCACUAGCAUAUGAUUUGUUUUGCUGGCAGUAGCCUUUUUCUAGAUGUGUUUGUACAUGGUGAUCAUACAAUCAUUUGGUUUCUUUUUGUUGUUUGUUUGCUAAGCAGAAACUGAAAAGUUUAGGAAAAUUUCCUGCUGAGGGCUCUACUGUCAUUCUUGCAUGCUUUCCUAAUGAUGGUAAGGAUGACAUGCUUUCCUAAUGAUGGUAAGGACAGAUACGAUUUGAGCUUUUAUUACUAGCUUUUUAACAAAACGUGCUACCCAAAUAGAUUGGGCCAAAGUGCUCAUUUCAAUCUUUUGUUUGUCAAUUUCUUGUACUUAAUGGUUGCCCAUCAAGAACUGUUAUAUUACCUGGCUAGACUAAGUGAUUUCAUUAUGUAUACUCAUUCCAUGUUAUAAGGACUGCCACUAGGACUUGCUUAUUUUAACACAGCGAGAUCACUGGUUGUUCUACUAUGUCUUAAUGAAAUGUUUGAUUACUUUCCAGUCUUUAGUUUAUCUGAUAAUACGACACAGAAAAUUUUUCUCCCAAACAAAAGUUGCUUGGGUAUUGCAUACAAGAUAUUUCUCCCAAACAUAAGUUGCUUGGUAUUGGACUUGAGUCGAAAAUUCUCUUUACCUGCUCAUGAAUUUGAUCCAACCUAUUUAAUAAAAUAUGCUCAAUAGCCACAUGUGUUCAAUUUUACUAGGUUUGACUUCCAAAUUUCUUUGUACUCUUUAGUAUCAUCACCUGAAAAUCAUGGUGAUCAAGAUGACACUAGAGCUUUUUUUUAAUCUAUUGACGUAUUUACUUCUCUAGAACCUCGACACCUUAGAUUAAGAGUUCAUUUUCUAGGAGAAUUUUAGGCAUAAUCUAUAUGGUUAUUUAGCAUGGUGAUUCCUGUAGAUAUGCCAACUAUUGAACAUUGUUUUGUCUACUACACUUGAUUUGUAGCUAUCUUGUGUUAGUUGGAUUAUCAUCAGACUUUUGAUAAUCCUACCUUACCCCUCUGGAUUUAUGCUUAUUUUGGUCAUAUAGGUAGUCUGGUAGCAUUCAAAUGAAUUAGCUACAGAUUUAGUAAGCAAAAACAUAAUAUUAACUUUCCAUAAUGGGGCAGCAAUUGGCCUGCCAAAUCCCUGUUGGUUUGCCAACUGUUUUGUAAAUGUUGGUUUGUCAAUGGUUUAGUAAAGUGGCUAGUGUGUGAAAAGCGCGGUUUCCAUGUAGAUUUGGACAUAAAACUGGUUUUUUAUCAACUUCUACUUUGAAGCUUCCACAGAUUUGAUCCUUGGAUAACAAUUGAAUUGAAGACUACGAAUUUUGGUAGGGUGGGAGGGUGGGCACCGGUUACCACAUCACCCUGCUGUCUUGGCCAAAUACCAUCCGAUUACCAUGGGUUUCUGGAACCCUGGGUUCACUGUCCUCUCCGACCUUAUAUUUCGACAGUAGAAUAACCUUUGAUGGUGGCAUUGGUCACAUGUGGAGGUGAUUAGUGAGUGCCGUCACUUGCACACGAAAUAUAUUUUUUGGUACAGCAGCAUAACUUUGUGGUUAAGUUGUCUUGGUUUGAUAGCAUUAUCAAUGGGAUUACUGCUGCAAUAGUAACCUGUAGGACAUUUAUAAUGUCGCGCAGCUAUGAUCCUAUAUGGUAGCAAUUAACUACUGGGGAGCUUGCUCUAGUUUUAGUGCGUACUUGGCAUGUUGGUACGAUACUCAAGUUAUAUGUUUCUUUUGCAUCUAUCUUGUUUUGUGUUCUCCCUUUGGGAUUCUUGUAGCUACUAUUGGGGGAUUCGUGGUGGAUUUGCUCGCUAGACGUAUAUUGGUACCUUACAUCCGGUGAUUAUUGGAACGAAAAUGCUUUGGCCCAUUUGAUGCCUGCAUCGGAUAUUUGACACGAAGGCUGGAUUAAUAUUUGGUUGAAAUGGUUCCUAUCAUAUCUGCGGCCAGUUGCUGAGAUCUUCAAUGUAAAAUACCCGUGUUACUUCCAGUGGUGUAUGCCUACUAAUUAAUGUACCAAACCGAUGUAAAUAAAUUCAUGUAAUUUAUUGUUGAAAAUGGCUAUAAAUGUUUUGUAAUUUGGCA